AUGCGCUUCUAUCUUACAUUGCUUCUGUGCUUGGUCGCCGCUGUCCUUGCUCUCCCUCCACCACAGAAGCCUGUUGUUGUACAAUACCCAGCAGACACCCCAAAGUCCGUCAUACAGAAGGCCAUUGAAGAGAUUCAGAAAGAUGGAGGAAUCAUCACUCACGAAUACUCCUUGAUCAAGGGUUUCGCUGCCAAGGUUUCCGAAGUCACGCUCAACAAGAUCACUGUGAUGGCCGACACCUACGCUCCAUACAUUGAGAAUGACUAUGUCGUCCACGCCGACGGAUCGAUAACCACCGACGACCAGUGA